GAGCGCUGACCGGGUUCGGCCGACUGCGGAGGGCGCCGCCGCAGGAGGAUCCCGGGUUCUCGGCCGAGGCUGCCCCGGAAAUGCUUCCAGCCGGCACAAACAUGGCUGCGGCCCUGCGAACUGCCGGCGCGCGGCUCCGCGGUCCGCUGGUACAUGGCGGCUCAGGGGUCCAGCAGCCAUGGGAGUGCCAAUUGGGAACCGCAGCAGCAGCCACCACAGAGACAGCCCAUCGGGCCAAAAGUACAACGCCUCAAGUUCAACCGGAAAAGAGGAAGCCUAAAACUGGAAUAUUAAUGCUGAACAUGGGUGGCCCUGAAACGCUUGGAGAAGUUCACGAUUUCCUUCUGAGGCUCUUCUUGGACAGAGACCUCAUGACACUUCCUGUCCAAAACAAGCUGGCACCAUUCAUUGCCAAACGCCGAACACCUAAAAUUCAAGAACAAUACCGCAGGAUUGGAGGUGGAUCUCCCAUCAAGAUGUGGACUUCCAAGCAAGGAGAAGGCAUGGUGAAGCUGCUGGAUGAGCUCUCCCCAGACACAGCUCCUCACAAAUACUAUAUUGGAUUCCGGUACGUCCAUCCUUUAACAGAAGAAGCAAUUGAAGAGAUGGAGAGAGAUGGGCUAGAACGGGCCAUUGCUUUCACGCAGUAUCCACAGUUCAGCUGCUCUACCACGGGCAGCAGUUUAAAUGCCAUCUACAGAUAUUACAGUGACGUGGGAAGGAGGCCUGCCAUGAAGUGGAGCACUAUUGACAGGUGGCCCACACACCCCCUCCUCAUCCAGUGCUUUGCUGACCACAUUCUGAAAGAGCUGGACCAUUUCCCACUGGAGAAGAGAGGCGAGGUGGUCAUUCUCUUUUCUGCUCACUCACUGCCAAUGUCUGUGGUCAACAGAGGGGACCCUUAUCCUCAGGAGGUAGGCGCCACUGUUGACAAAGUCAUGGAAAGGCUGGGCUACUCCAACCCCUACCGACUGGUCUGGCAGUCGAAGGUGGGUCCAGUGCCCUGGUUGGGUCCUCAGACAGACGAGGCCAUCAGAGGGCUUUGUGAAAGGGGGAGGAAGAAUAUCCUUUUGGUUCCCAUAGCAUUCACCAGCGACCACAUUGAAACUCUGUACGAGCUGGAUAUUGAGUACGCCCAAGUCUUGGCCAAGGAGUGUGGAGUUGAAAACAUCAGAAGAGCGGAAUCUCUUAAUGGAAAUCCAUUGUUCUCUAAGGCUCUGGCUGAUUUGGUAUACUCACACAUGCAGUCAAACAAGCUGUGCUCCAAGCAGUUGACUCUGAGCUGUCCUCUGUGUGUAAAUCCUGUCUGCAGGGAGACUAAAUCCUUCUUCACCGGCCAGCAGCUGUGAC